AUGUCGCUUGCUAUACUCCCUUCGCAUACUCCCGUCACUCGUCCGACUGCUCCUACUAGACGACCCAAACUUUCCCUCAACACUGCUUCUCUCCCUUCGACCUUUGGCAAGAGCACUACUGGACUCAGACUCGACACACCUUCAAUAGCUUCGCCUACUGCGAGGAACACCUUCAGCAAUGCCUACGGAUCGCAACAUGUGACAAGUCCUGAAGCCUUGACACCUCAUGAUCAUGUACGACAAAACUCUCGACUGUGUCUGGACACGUCGGUGGCACCUACUCAUCAACAACCUUCUCGAUCUUCUUCUGCCGACAGCUGCAUGUCUGCCACAUCUGCCACCUCGGCCUCGACCGACUCUUCCAUCUCUUCCUUGUCCACAAUCGACUCCUUUGACAAGCCUGUUCCAUACCGUCUACCAUUCAACCACCGCUCCAUCCUCACAAACGGGCCUCAUGGCUGUAUGCGCCGUCGCAAGUCCUUCUCAAGUACACGGCCCAUGUUUCCGUCACCCAAGAAGGUGUCUUUCCGAGCACCUCUGACAGAAGACGUCCACAAUAAUGUCUACACUCUGGCACACUCCGACAUCGAGCCCGCUUCAGCCUCUACCACAUCCCUCGAGCCCCUGCCCUCGGGACAUGGACACUAUGUCCAACAACAGCAAAAACACAAAAGAGCAGCAAUCCUGCCAAUCAGAACACCCACAUGCGGCGACAAACGCGACUCUUCCUCGGAAGACGACUCGGAUAGUGAUAUCUGCCCAUCAACACCAAUCACAAGGAGGAGUAAGAAGCCUCGAGAGUGGGUAUGGACGUUAGGUCCCAUCGACACAAUAACACCGCCUCCCUCAUCAAGUCCCAUCGACGACAGCACUCAAUUGUGA